AUGGAUUCUUUUAAUGAAUUAAUACAUAUUGAAGAUAAUGAAGAUACUGAGAACUCAGUUGAUGAAAAUGAGAUUACGAAAAUUAUAAUUGAGAAAAAUAAUAAAAUAUGUCAUUCCACUUGUGCAAUUAUGGUUAUGGAUCCAAAAACUGAAAAGAUUAAUAAAUGCCAAAACCCAAGUAUUCAGAAAUUAUGGCAGUUAGUCAGAAUUCGGGAAAUUAAUUCAGAAUCUGUUAAAAUAGGAAAUGCUGAACCUAGUAAACUUGAUGUUUAUAAAAUACAUUUUAAUUUAGAUCAGAACUUUCAUGAAAUAGGUCAUAAAGCAAAAAUAUCAACAGAACAAUCUAUGAUUACGAUUAGAAGAUAUCUUUUUUGCAAUUUAGAUAUUUAUAUUAUAUCUUGUGGAAAAUUAUGUUAUUCUCAUUCUU